GGAGCUGCACACGCGAUGCCCGCUCGGCCGGGGGGGGUCCUGAGCUGCCCCCCGUGUGCCCGGCCCCAUAGCGGUACCUCUGGGUCAGGACGGAGCGGCCAGAACGCACCCCAGGGUGCUGGUGCUGCAGCAGAGCUAGGCAUGGCUGCAAUAGGGCGGCGGGACAGCCUGGCACCCCGCGCCCAUCCCGAGGGAGCCCACGGUGCCGGAGGGCAGAUCCGGAUCCAGGCGUGCUGCUCAGGGAGGGACACUGAGUCACGGCUGCACCACCGCCUCCACCACGCAGGUCCCGUCCUGCACCGCCAGCCCGGCAGGUGUUGGUGGCUGUGGCGGGCGCUUCUCCUGGCCUGGCUCAGCCUGGGCUGUGGGAUCGGCACCACGCAGGUCCCAGCCCCACGAGGAGCAAUGUGGGGUCCUGAGCCCCCCACCCACACUCGGCCCCGCCGGCAGCCAGCUCAGGGUGCGUGGGGGCCAUGGGGGCCGUGGAGUGUCUGCUCCAGCUCCUGCGGGGACGGCGUUGCGUUCCGCACCCGGAGGUGUCUGCGCUCUGCCGAGGAGGAGCCGUGCACAGGGGACCAGCGGCAGUACCGCCUCUGCCAGCUGCAGGGCUGCCCUGGCGGCUCGGUGCCGUUCCGUGCCAUGCAGUGCUCCCUAUACGACGACAAACCCGUGCAGGGCAUGCAGACCCGGCACCGCUGGGUGCCCUUCUAUGGAGCCCCCAACGUCUGUGACCUCAACUGCUUGGCUGUGGGGCACAACUUCUACUACACCUUUGGCCGAGUGCUGGAUGGCACCCGCUGCAGGCCUGGCUCCACGGAUCUGUGCGUCGGUGGGCGCUGCCUGAGCGUUGGCUGUGAUGGGAUCCUAGGCAUGGGUGCACAGACCCGUGUCUGCAGCCGGUGCGGUGGCGGGCAGGAUGGGUGCCUCUUUGUGCACCGGCUCUUCCAGGACACGGAGCCCUUCUCCGGUCAUUUUGGGUACAUGAACGUGACCAAGAUUCCCGCUGGAGCCACCAACAUCAAGGUGACAGACAAGAGCCGCAACUUCCUUGCCCUGAUGGGGAGCGACGGACGCUACGUGCUCAAUGGGGACUGGUCCAUCGCCUGGCCGGGGCCCUACGAGGCAGCUGGCACACAGCUGCUCUACGCCCGCAGCCCUGAUGGCACCGAGAGCCUGGAGGCACCGGGACCCACAGACGAGGACCUCCAUGUGCUGGUGCUGCUGCAGGAGCCCAACCCAGGCAUUGAAUAUGAGUUCUGGUUGCCUCGUGGGCUCCCCCAGCGCAGCAUGGUGGACACCAGUGCCCUGCGGCAGCCCCAGCCCCGUGGGGCCGGCAGCCCCCCGCCUGCUGAGCCCCCACUUCCCACAGUGACCCCCAGGGCCUGGGGCCACAUCACAGAGCCACUGCCACCGCGAAGCCCCCCUGGGGUCAGAGCUGCUGCAGGGCGAUGCGGGCGGUGCCGUCCACCCAAGGGACGCUCCCAGCGCAUCCGGCACUUCUGCCAGAGUGACUUCGUGUUCCGAGCACGGAUCCUGGCACGCCGCUCGGUGGGGCAGGAGAUGCGCUACGAGGUGCAGGUGGUGACGCCGUACCGGCGCCGCUUCCCCAUGGUACCGCUGGAGUACGUCUGGGUGCCCGACACGUGCGGCUGCCCCACGCUGCUGGGGGGCCACGAAUACGUGCUGAUGGCACGGCGGCACGUCAACUACGAGCACACGCUGAACCGCAUCCUGCUGCAGCGCGACGGCUACGCGCGGCCGUGGUCACCCCGUGAGGAGCGCGCGGUGCGGGAGGCGGAACGGCACUGCGCCCACCUGCAAUGAGGCUGAACGGAUGGGGGACCCCAGUGGGGAUGAGGGGACGGGACCCCUCCUUCCUGCUGCGCUGUGGGACCUCAGCGGCCCUCGGCACGG